AUGCCUUCAACGACACACCAGCCAGACCAGCCAGACCAGCAAGAUCUACCAGAUCAAUUGCAACCGGACAAUAACAAUGCUACAAGCAUAACCCCCGCCGAAGCCUACGAGUCUAAGCACGUCCAUGACGUGUACCAGCAGAUUGCGAACCACUUCUCCUCGACGAGGUACAAGCCAUGGCCAAUUGUCGAGCGGUUCCUGCUCGGCCAAACGCCAGCGUCCAUCGGGCUCGACAUUGGCUGUGGUAAUGGGAAGUAUCUGACUGUGAACCGCGACGUUUUUAUCAUUGCUUCUGAUAGAUCCGAAGCACUGGCCAAAAUCGCUGCGCAACACCAUCCCCAUUCAACCGUCGUCGCCGACAUUCUGAACCUGCCCCAUCCCGAGUCCUUCUUCGACUUUGCCAUAUCAAUUGCCGUGGUCCACCACCUCUCGACGCCGGAGAGGAGGGUGCAGGCUAUAUCUAGUAUUCUGCGGACGCUGAAACCACCCACCCACCCCGAUGAGAAGGACAAUAGAAAAAACGGCGGCAAAGCAUUGAUAUACGUCUGGGCUCUAGAGCAGAAAUCUAGUCGCCGGGGAUGGGACAAGGGACAUGAGCAGGACGUCAUGGUUCCAUGGGUCUUGCGCAACAAGCCAACGGCAGCAGCAGCAGCAGCAAAGCAGGAACAAGUCUUUCACCGAUUUUACCAUCUCUACGAAGAGAACGAGCUCGAGAGGGAUAUCCGUGCUGCAGGCGGGGUUGUCAUUGAAUCGGGAUAUGAGAAGGAUAACUGGUGGGCGAUUGCGUCGAGGUCGACGGAGUAA